AUGGUGCACUAUGGCCACUCCAACCAGCUGCGCCAGGCUCGGGCCAUGGGGGACUACCUGAUCGUUGGAGUCCACACGGACGAGGAGAUUGCCAAGCACAAGGGCCCCCCUGUCUUUACACAGGAGGAGAGGUACAAAAUGGUGCAAGCCAUCAAGUGGGUGGAUGAGAUUGCUCCAGGAGCUCCCUAUGUCACCACGCUGGAAACCUUGGACAAAUACAACUGUGACUUCUGUGUGCACGGUGAUGACAUCACCCUCACGGUAGAUGGCAAAGAUACCUACGAGGAGGUGAAGAAAGCUGGGAGAUACAGGGAAUGCAAACGCACCCAAGGUGUGUCCACUACUGACCUCGUUGGCCGCAUGCUGCUCAUGACUAAGGCUCACCACAGCAACAUAGAUGAGGACCUAGACUAUCGGAAGCACACUGACAACUUUGGGAAGGUAAUCCAUCCAGCCUUUGCUGGAAUGGUGUGUGGUGUGUUUUCCCAGGGGCCAAAAGGUCACAGUCCCUGGACUGGUGUCUCACAGUUCCUACAAACAUCUCAGAAGAUCAUCCAGUUUGCGUCGGGGAAGGAACCACAGCCAGGAGACACUAUCAUCUACGUGGCUGGAGCCUUUGACCUAUUCCAUGUUGGGCAUGUGGAUUUCCUGGAGAAGGUUCACCAGCUGGCAAAGAAACCCUACAUCAUCGCUGGGCUGCACUUUGAUCAGGAAGUAAAUCGCUACAAAGGGAAGAACUAUCCCAUCAUGAACAUCCAUGAGAGAACACUCAGUGUCUUGGCCUGCAGGUACGUCUCAGAGGUGGUGAUUGGGGCACCCUACGCUGUCACUGCUGACCUGCUGGAUCACUUCAGGGUAACACUUGUGUGUCAUGGGAUGACAGAGGUGGUGCCAGACAAGGACGGUUCUGAUCCCUACAAGGAACCCAAGAGACGCAACAUCUUCCAGCUGGUGGACAGUGGCAGCAACCUCACCACAGACCUGAUUGUGCAAAGGAUCAUCAAGAACAGGCUGGAGUUUGAAGCCAGGAACCAGAAGAAGGAAGCAAAAGAGUUGGCUGUGCUGGAGGCCAUGAAGAGAUUGGGCGAGGAGCAGCCCUAGGCCAGCCCAGAGCUGCUGCCCGGGUCGCAGCGCCGCAGCCUCCCGGUCCCGAGGAGCGGGCGGCUCUUGAGGGA